AAUGCCCUCUGGCGGCGAAUGUGGAGAAUAUUAUGAUCUGUCCGCAUUUAAGCAACUUCCGGUAGCAGGUGCUUGGGGUACAGAGAACUGCCCACUACUUAGAAAUGGCCGAGAGUGAGAAGGAGCCAGGUGCAGAGUUUGAAGAGGAGGAUGUUGAGGAAGAUACACCACUUGAAAAAAGGAAGAAAAUAUUUUCAAAAGAAUUGCGCUGUAUGAUGUAUGGGUUUGGAGAUGACCAGAAUCCUUACACCGAGUCAGUGGACCUCCUGGAAGAUCUGGUCAUCGAGUACAUCCCAGAGAUGACAAAGAAGGCGAUGGAGACUGGCCGUCCUGGCAGGAUACAAGUGGAGGAUAUCAUAUUCCUCAUCAGAAAGGACCCCAAGAAGUACUCCAGGGUCAAGGAACUGCUCCUUAUGAGUGAGGAAUUGAGGAAGGCCAGGAAAGCUUUCGAUGAGAUCAAAUAUGCUGCGACCAAAUGAUGAGGUCCUCAACUCUUGUACAUAGCUCAUGAACCUAUUUCACGCUCUGCAUGGAGAGUGUGAGGAUCUGCAUUACCAUCACGCAGAAAUAUCAUCCAUGAUAUAAUUAUGUUCAUUUCCAUUAAAACAUGUACUUGUAUAUUUAUUAAAAGGUUUGUCAUUGCA